UUAAGAGAGAGAUAGAGAGAGAGAGAGAGAGAGAGAGAGAGAGAGAGAGAGAGAGAAUAAUAAAACACAGCAAAGCAUAACAAACCAGCUGUGUAACACCGCUGUGCGCGUGGUGCUACGGGUCUGUUCAGAACCGGAAAUACGGCUCGCGAGACGCUCCGAAGUCGGGUUUGCUGAGAUCGUUUUCCCCCCCUGAGGUCUGCACGCGAGCGCGCCGAUGUUUUUCCCUCUGCUAAAGUAAACCGAAGCGGACGGUGGUGGUGGUGGAGCAGGGAACACCGCACGCUCGCGCGCACAUGGCCGGGUGGUGUUGGUGGUCGCGCGCCCGGUGCCUGGAGAACGGACCCGAGACGGACCCGGAGAGAGAGCGGCUCUGGACUGAGAUCUUCGAGCAGCUCGACACCAAUAAAGACGGACGGAUCGACAUUAACGAGCUCAGGGCGGGGCUGGCAGCGCGGGGGCUGCUCUCGCGCACAUCAGCGGAGGAGCAGAUUGUGAGAGAAGGAGACACUGAUCAGGAUGGACAGCUGGACUUUGAGGAGUUCACACAGUACCUGCGCACACAUGAGAAGCGUCUUCGCCUCAUGUUCAGCAGCCUGGACCGCAACAACGAUGGAGAGAUUGAUGCUGGAGAGAUCCAGCUCUCGUUACACAAUGUGGGAGUGGAAGUUACCCUAGACGAGGCAAACAAGAUCCUGCAGAGUAUGGAUAAGGACGGCACUAUGACCAUCGACUGGGUGGAGUGGCGUGACCAUUUCCUGUUUAACCCUCUGCACAGCGUGGAGGACAUCGCCCUCUACUGGAAACGCUCUUUGAUCCUGGACAUUGGGGAGCUCCUGACGGUUCCUGACGAGUUCUCGGAGAAGGAGAAGAAGUCUGGGUUUGUGUGGAGGCAGCUGAUGGCAGGUGCCAUGGCAGGAACUGUGUCCAGGACGGGUACAGCUCCUCUCGACCGCCUCAAAGUCUUCCUGCAGGUUCAUGGUCAAAGCUCGGAUAAGGGCAGUGUGUGGAAGGGGCUGAAGGUGAUGGUGAAGGAGGGCGGGCUCAGGGCUCUGUGGAGAGGAAACGGCAUCAACGUGCUGAAAAUCGCCCCGGAAACGGCCAUCAAGUUCCUCGCUUAUGAACAGAUCAAGCAGCUGAUUCACGGCAGUAAAGAUGGAGGAAGUCUGAAGGUCCAGGAGAGGUUCAUUGCUGGAUCUUUAGCAGGAGCCACAGCGCAGACCAUCAUUUACCCCAUGGAGGUGCUGAAGACGCGUCUGACCCUGCGUAAGACCGGACAGUACUCGGGCGUGACGGACUGCGCUCGGCAGAUCCUGCAGAAGGAGGGAGUGCAGGCGUUUUAUAAAGGCUACAUACCCAACAUACUGGGCAUCAUCCCGUACGCCGGCAUUGACCUGGCCGUCUACGAGACCCUGAAGAACAUGUGGUUACAGAGACACAGCUCCAGCUUGGCUGACCCCGGUGUGUUUGUUCUGGUUGGAUGUGGGACAGUGUCCAGUACGUGCGGUCAGUUGGCGUCGUAUCCACUCGCGCUGAUCCGAACCCGCAUGCAGGCUCAGGCGACGGUGAAAGGCGCCCCUCAGCUCUCCAUGCUCUCUCUGUUCCGCAGCAUCAUGGCUCAGGAGGGUGUGGUGGGGCUGUACCGCGGCAUCGCCCCCAACUUCCUGAAGGUCAUUCCUGCUGUCAGCAUCUCCUACGUGGUGUAUGAACACAUGAGGAAAGUACUGGGGGUGGGCAAGUGAGAGAGAGAGAGACAGAGAGAGAGAGUGAGAUUGAGAAAGUAGUCUCAAACUCCGAGAGAAUAGACAGAAUAAGAAGAGAGAAAGAACGAGGGAUAAGCUACUCCAUGAUGGAGAGAUGAAUUGACCAAAGAGGAGGAGAGUUUUAGGUUCUCACUGAAAAUCAACAGGGCUACCAGGCACAAACAAAACGGUUCAGAUUACAUUUAAAAUAUGCAAAAAUAAACAACAACAACAAGACGAACCUUGUGACAGCUGACAUCAUCGUUUACUCAUCAUACACAAAACUGUAAACCUCUGUUACUGUUAUCUCUCCAUUCUCUUGGUGUUUAUUUGUGCUGUUGAUCUACAGGGUCCUCACAUUCAGACUCGCAGGCUGUCCUCUUCAGGAGGUGAAAUGAACGCUAAAGUGUGUGUUAAUGUGUGUGUGUGUGUGUGUGUGUGUUAUACGUACCGUAUAUAUUCCCCAGACUAUAAUACCUCUAGCAUCUGUUCUGAUUCAGACACGCUAUCCAGCAGCGUUUAAAUGGAAAACUUCCAGGAAGUUGAACAUCUUCAGAAGCUUGAUUAUAUUACAGGUUUAUAGUCUGGAAAAAUACGGUGUAAAGGAGCAUGUGCUACAUUUCUAACACGAGUUUAGGUUGCAUACAAGUGAGCAUGUGUUAUAUUUUAUAACAACACAUAAAAGAUGAACUGGAUCUAUUUUCUUAACUGUGGAGUGAAGGAGUGAGAAUGAAACGAUGGAAAAGUGUGUUUCAGCCCCUACCUCCCUUCUUUUCUUUUUUAUUAUUAUUAUUAUUAUUUAACUUAACCCAUACUCACUGCUCAGAUACACUGUAGUGCCAAAAGUUUUGGGACACCCCUCAAAAUCAUUGAAUUUAGGCCCCUUAGUUCCAGUGAAAGGAACUCUUAAUGCUUCAGCUUCAUACCAAGACAUUUUGGAAAAUUUCAUGCUCUUUGUGGGAACAGUUUGGGGAUGACCCCUUCCUGUUCCAACAUGACUGUACACCAGUGACCAACGCAAGAUCCAUAAAGACAUGAAUGAGUGAGUUUGGUGAGUCCUGACCUCUGUGCAGGCCAGCAGACACACUUGUGCUUGGAUUUGAUUCAGUUUUGCUUUGACAACGACAAAAAAAGUUUGGACCCUAAUUUACUUUCAAUGUCCUUGGAUUCGUUGCAGUUCCGCCAGAUCACCACUAGAGGGUGGUGUUUAUUGCUGUACUGUAUUACGGGCCAUGUGCAAAUCCUAACACGGCGAUAGACCUAGCGGUGAUGCGGUGGAACUGCACCGGCUCAACGCUGUAGUAUAAACCAUUUACUUCAAGCAUAUACUUCACCAAGACGAUCACGGUGAUUGAAAAAUAAGUUUUAAGAUAUAAAGUAAACACUUUAUAAGCAUUAUCUUUCAUUCAAAUAAUUCUAGUUGUGCAAAAACGGAGAUCAACUGCAUCCAUCAGCUGUUGAGCUAACUUACACACCCGUCUGGAAAUAUAACACAAUUUUAUUCAAUUUUAUUUAAAAGUAAAAAAGAUUUCUGUUGUAUAUUCGCUUCCUUGUCAGUUUUAUUAGUUUUUCAGUUUUAAUAUAUCCAAAAUGUUACAAGGAUUCGUCAGAAACUCUAAUAAAUAUGGAUUUUUGUAAGGUGUUCGUUCCAGGCUAAUGCUAGCUGCUGGUUUGUUGAGCUAGCAUACAGGGUGUGUCGAUUUAAGGGAAUAUUUCAAGUCUUUAUAUUGUAUAUUUGGUUCGUCACAACGGCAAAUUAGGUCUUAAGUGACAUGUUCAAAGCAUCACUGCUACUAGUUUGAGGCUCAAAAGUCCCACAGGUAUCUCUUGUUGGGAUUUAAUAGCAUUUAGAAGCCCAGAUGUUUUUAGCUCUCUGGAUCUAAACCAAAGAUGUCAGGAUGGUGGUGAGUUUGUAAUUUGACACUUUAUAAAUGUGAAUAAGUAUUACGCUGCUGGACACUGCAGUGUUCUGAGUAUUACCACUAGUGCGAGUGUGUGUGAUUUGGGACGCGGCGCAGGUCCGAUCACGGGUGCGAUCAUGAGCUCUGGCUCAGAAGACAUGCAGAUAAGCAUAGCAGAGAUCGGUGAGACUUUCCGAGACGAACGGAGUCCAGAGACGUUUCUCCAAAAACACCUAAACAGAACUGAGGAAACUCUCGUAGAACCAAAGUCUCUGAUCAGGCGUCACUAAUAUCAUCAAACGGAGCCUGUAGAAACAAACUAAACGGUUCCUUCUGGGUUCUUUGAAUAGUGAAGGGUUCUUAGCUUCAGAAAAACCUUGAUCCCUCUCAUAAUGGACAAUUCUCAGCUGUAGCGUUCUCCAGAGAUCCUUUAAAGGUUUACAUGGAUAAAUGUACCAAAGAACCUUUUAGAUGUAAACUUUACUGCAGGUAACAUACAGGCAGAAAUGUGAUCCUUCUUAUUAGUGUCAAGUCUAAUUAGCAUGUUUAAACGGUUCUUGUUUUUAACAGUGAAAAGUUCUAGCUUCCUAAAGAGGUCCAGCUUGGUACCUUUGCUGACAGGGAAGCCAAGGGUUCUUCAAGGGUUCUUUGAAUAAUGAGGAGUUGUGCUGGAAAUCCUGUGUGAUAGAGACACACUGUGCUGCAGGCUUCUACACAGAGCUGGAUUUUGAGCUUAUGAUCAGUGACCGAUCCUUCAAGGGUUCUUCACUCAGGACUCUGGAGGAACUUUAAAGGUUCUGUGUGGAACCCUGUGUCAGCUAGACCCGGUUGUGACAUGUUCACAUCCACGUCCCUCCUCACAAAUACUGAUUUUUUUCCCCCUUUGCUUUCAAUGAAAAAGCACAGUUUUACUGAUGAACUGAAGAAGCUGCAGUGAUGUGAGGAGCACUGAGCCCAUGUUUUUGUCCUCUCUGCCUCUGCGCAUGAACACAAUCCUGAUGAAUCUUUCUAUUUUUAUGGACUUUAUAUAAAGUUUGGAAUGUAAGCGAUAUUUCCAGAAUGUUUUGUAGUUGAACGCAUGUUUGAGACUUGAUGUAAUUUAUUAAAAUGAUGUUGUAAGGUG